UGUUUGAAAUGUUACAGAGUUUCCUGUCUGGGCAGGGGGUUGGACUAGAUUACCUCCAAGGUCCCUUCCAACUUUAUUAUUAUUAUUACUAAUGUUUAGUUUGCUUUUUCCUGAAAAGUUGGGCAGAAUCUCUACAAAGCAACAUCUUCCUUGUUUUCCCUGAAGAGCUUGUGAUGUAGAAGCACGUUGAUGGAUGUUUUACAAAGGACAAGUUUUAUAGAGAUUGUGAGCCUGGUCUUGUUAUCUGAUAUCAGAACAAGGUGUAAAUAUUUUUCGAAAUGCCGACCACAGAAGCCUUUUCAAGGCAAAGAUUUUGUGAUUCUCUAUCAAUCUCAAAAGGAAAUAUAUUCUCUGCUUCUUUUCUCUUCCACCAACAGGAAAGCAGCUGUGACCAAAGAUUUACCUGCAAAUCAACUAUCAACAGAUAAUAGAAAACAUAGAAACGAAGUGUUUCACAGCAGGGUUUUUCAACCAGUGGUACGGGUACCACCUGUGGUACAUUGGCACCUGGCAGGUGCAGGAAAGCAGCUGCCCAUCGGUUACGGAAAAAUCAAACCGGUCAGCAGUGAGGGUCAUCCCUGGUGUUGAUUCAGAGGGGGAACAACUGACCCAGAGAUGUCUUAGCUGCAAUUUUGAUGGAGACUAGUGAGGAUGUGGCCUUGAGCUCCACAGAAGAAAAGGGGUGUUCUUGGAUCGGGACCUACAGACUUUUGACCCAGACUCCGUUCUAGAGAAUUUGGAAAUCGUGGCCCAGUUGGAGAAGCAACUUCCUACACAAACCAGCUUUGUUGGUUUCCUUGCUUGAUUAUCUUUUCCAAGAUCUUCCCAGCAAACCAUCCCAUGACAAUGGAUCGUGUAGGGAAGAACGUUAAGAAAAGAAAAUAUUGUGAGGAUUUUUUAGAGUAUGAAGCUUCAUAUGUGGUGGCACUCAGAAUCGCCAGAGCUAUGGAACCUCACACCAUUGCUGAGGAUUUACUGUUGCCAGCGGCCAAAGACCUUGUCCGAACUAUGAUCGGAGACGAAUUUGUGACGAAAUUGAGUGCAAUUUCCUUAUCUAACGACACUGUCCGCAGAAGAAUAGAUGACAUGUCUGCUGAUAUUCUUGAUCAGGUGAUCCAAGAAAUUAAAUCUGCUCCACUUCCAAUAUUUAGUAUCCAGCUUGAUGAAUCUACAGACGUUGCAAACUGUUCACAGUUACUGGUUUACGUGAGGUAUAUUAAUGAUGGCGACUUUAAAGAUGAGUUUCUUUUUUGCAAACCUCUUGAAAUGACAACUACUGCACGUGAUGUAUUUGACACAGUUGGUUCAUUUCUGAAAGAGCAUAAGAUCUCUUGGGAAAAGGUUUGUGGUGUUUGCACAGAUGGUGCUCCAGCUAUGCUAGGAUGUCGAUCUGGAUUUCAACGUUUGGUACUGAAUGAGUCACCAAAAGUCAUCGGAACUCACUGUAUGAUUCAUCGGCAAAUAUUAGCAACAAAGACGCUGCCACAAGAGUUACAAGAAGUAAUGAAAAGCGUCAUAAGUUCUGUCAAUUUUGUAAAGGCAAGCAGUUUAAACAGUCCACUGUUUUCGCAACUGUGCAACGAGUUGGAUGCGCCGAACAAUGCUUUGCUAUUUCACACUGAAGUGAGAUGGUUGUCGAGCGGAAAAGUUUUAAAAUGUGUUUUUCAGCUUCGUGAUGAACUCAAAACUUUUUUUAAUCAGAAAGCAAGACCGCAGUUCGAAGCACUUUUCAGCAAUAAAAGUGAACUGCAGAAAAUAGCUUACUUGGUUGACAUCUUUGCCAUCUUGAAUGAGUUAAAUUUAUCACUGCAAGGACCAAAUGCAACGUGCUUCGAUUUGUCUGAAAAGAUCCGAGCAUUCCAAAUGAAACUUCAGCUGUGGCAAAAAAAAUUGGAUGAAAAUAAAAUGUACAUGUUGCCUACCUUAUCUGCUUUCUUUGAGGAACAUGACAUUGAACCAGACGAAAGGAUUACGAUGAUCAUUUCUGUGAAAGAACACUUGCACGUGCUUGCAGACGAAAUUUCAUCGUACUUUCCAAAUCUACCCGACACCCCCUUUGCACUUGCCAGCAGCCCAUUCACAGUCGAAGUUGAAAAUGUUCCUGAGACAGCACAAGAGGAGUUCAUUGAACUUAUUAACAGCGAUGCAGCGAGAACUGAUUUCUCUACAAUGCCAGUUACAAAAUUCUGGAUCAAGUGUUUGCAGUCAUAUCCUGUUCUGUCUGAGACUGUGUUGCGCCUUCUUCUUCCAUUUCCAACAACAUCUCUUUGUGAAACAGGGUUUUCCAGCUUGUUGGUUAUCAAGUCUAACUACAAAAAUAGACUUGUUGUGGAAGAGGAUCUUCGUUGUGCUCUUGCAAAGACUGCCCCGAGAAUUUCAGAUCUGGUGAGAAAGAAGCAAUCUCAACCUUCGCACUGACGUUGGCUUUUUAUGCAUACUGUCGCAAAAUGUAGCAAUGUAGUUUACUGUUGUUAUAUUAAGACUGUUACCCAUGCUACACCAUGCUUCAA